GCAUGGUUGGGGCAGAGAGGGAGGGACCAGGCAGAGCAGAGGAGGGAGAAAAGGCUCCGAAGGGGAAGCGAGAGAGACCGAGCAGCGCAGGACCCCGUCGCUCUCUUUCAUUCGCACCAUCCCUCCAUCCUUUCUCUGCGGGAGCAAAACUCCGCGCGGGAGGGCCCCGAUCCGCAGGAGAGGCGACGCAGCAGCAGCAGCAGCAGCAGCAGCGCCCUUGCUCUUGGCUCCGGAGGCUGCUCGCUUCCUCCGAGGGAGCCGAGAGUCCCACCUGCGCGCAGCGCCUCCGUCUCCGCCUGCCGGCCGGUCUCCCGCCGCUGCUGCCGCUCCCGCCGCCGGACAAGCCCGCCCCAAAAUGCCCAACUUCUCCGGCAACUGGAAGAUGAAGAGCUCGGAGAACUUCGAGGAGCUGCUGAAGGCUCUGGGCGUCAAUGUCAUGCUCCGCAAGAUCGCUGUGGCUGCCGCCUCCAAGCCGGCCGUGGAGAUCAAGCAGGACGGGGAGUCCUUCUACAUCAAGACCUCGACCACCGUCCGCACCACCGAGAUCAGCUUCAAGAUUGGGGAAGAGUUCGAGGAGCAGACGGUGGACGGGAGACCCUGCAAGAGUUUGGCCAAGUGGGAAAGCAACAACAAGAUGGUCUGUGAGCAGCGAUUGCUGAAAGGCGACGGCCCCAAGACAGGCUGGUCCAGGGAGAUGACCAACGAUGGGGAGCUCAUUCUGACCAUGAUGGCCGACGAUGUUGUCUGCACAAGGAUUUACGUCCGGGAGUGAGCGAGGCCUGCUUGUGGGGUGGCGGUUGGAUUUGGGGAGGCAGGGGCAGCAGGGUCCAAUGGGCAGGGAUCUUCCACUCUGGGUCAUGGCAGCCCCCCCGUGCCUGCCCUCCCCAUCACCCUUUCGCUCUCUGCCCAUGCUCAGAGAGUGCUACAUGCAGAAAGACUUAAGCAGAGCAGCUGGCUCUUCAUCACAUUCCCUCCGGCCUGAGAGGGGCAGGGGGCGGAUAAAGCAGGCUCUGUCCUUGUGAUGCCCCCCCCCCGCCCCAUCAGAGCAGCCUUUCCCCCUCCCUCCAGUCUCUUCUGGGGUCCAGCCUCCCUUUGUCUGCUAAGGGUCCGUGACCCCCACCCCUUCCAGCCUGCCGCCCUGGGCAUUGCAGACAGAGAACCCCCUUGUUUCAGAAUCCGGUCGUGGGAUUUGGGAACAGACUGGGGGGAGGUGUGUGUGUGCCAGAGUCCCCCUGCCCUCUCUUUUCCU